UUUUAUCUUACAAGGAAGUUCAAAGUUCAUUUUAACAUCAAAGAUCAGCGAGACAGCGCUGCACCAAGAAGAAAACUAAAACUAAAAACAAGCCAACAGGACUAAGAUCGGGACAGGGUUUUUGGUGAGUUCCAAAAUCAACAUUUUUUUAAAUGGCAGGAAAACUUGCUGUUGAAGAUCUGCUGAGCUGCUACGUUUGUUCAGAGACUUUCAGAGAUCCUGUGUCUCUGAGCUGCAACCACAGCUUCUGUUCAAGCUGCCUGCAGAAGUUCUGGAAACAAGCUAACAACAGAAGCUGUCCUGUAUGUAAAAGAAGAGAUUCAAAGGAGUUUCCUCCAGUUAAUUUUGCUCUGAAAGAACUUGCUGAUUCAUUUACUAAGAAGCAAAGUGAACGAUCAGCUGAGACAGAGAGAAAAAACAAGAAAGAGGAGAAAGAAGUCACGGUUUGCGAGAAACACUCAGGAGCUCCUUUCUGGUUCUGUGAAGACGAGCAGAGAGCUGUGUGUCCUGUCUGUGAGUUUUCUCUCCACCAGAGUCACAAAGUGGUUCCUGUAGAACAAGCAGUCAGUGAGCUGAAGGAGCAGCUGGAAUCUGACUUAAAGUCUCUGCAGGACAAGAGAAGCAAAUACAAACAAGUGGAGGAAACAUACAACGAUGUGAUUCAACACUCUGAGAAGCAGCUGGUGUCCACAGAGAGACAGAUCAGAGCAGAGUUCAACAAGCUCCACCAGUUCCUGAAAGAGGAAGAGGAGUCCAGACUGGCAGCUCUGAGGGAGGAAGAGGAGCAGAAGGAGAAGACUAUCAGGAGAGAGAUGAAGAGGAUUCAGGAGCAGAUUUCCUCUCUGUCAGACAGCAUCUCUGCUGUUGAAGACGAGCUGCAGAAAGACAACGUGGCGCUCCUCAGCAGUUAUAAAGACACUCAGACCAGAACCAGAACCCAGAGCUCAGUGUCAGAUCCGCAGCUGGUCUCAGGAGCUCUGAUAGAUGUGGCCAAACACCUGGGCAACCUGUCCUUCAGAGUCUGGGAGAAGAUGAAGGACAAGGUCCACUUCUGUCCUGUCAUCCUGGACCCAAACACUGCAAAUGGCUGGUUGUGUCUGUCUGAUGAUCUGACCAGUGUGAGACGUGGAGACAGAAAGCAGCAGCUUCCUAAUAAUCCAGAGAGAAACACUAAGUAUACAAAUGUUUUUGGUUCUGAGGGCUUCAGCUCAGGGAAACACAGCUGGGAGGUGGAGGUGGGAGAUCUUCCUGUCUGGGAUGUUGGUUUGGUUAAAGAGUCAGUGGACAGGAAGGGAGAGCUAAAAGCUUCACCAAAAUAUGGGAUCUGGUGUUUACUGCAUGCUGGUGGAAAAUACACUAAUGGUUCUGGUCAGAUUAUCUCAGUGAAGAAGAGUCUCCAGAGGAUCAGAGUCCAGCUGGACUACGACAGGGGGGACGUGUCCUUCUAUAACUCUGAAGACAUGUCUCACAUCUGCACUCACAGAGACAAUUUCACUGAGAAAAUGUUCCUUUUUUUAAAUAUUGGUCCAGCAGGAGCUGCUAAAACCACUACGAUCAAAAUCUGUGAAACUGAGAUGGUUGUGAAGUCGAAUUGAUUCGUUUUAGAUGCUUUGCCGCUGUUGUUUUUCUGUGGUAGAUUUUUUUCCUUCAUCUAAUUGAAUUUUACCUUUUUAAUUAAAAGAAAAAGCCUAUAUCCAGCCUAUUUAAAUUAAAAUACUCAAAUCAUUAUUUUUUUUUUUUUCAAAAAGUAUAUUUUAUUGCAUUUUCAGUUUACUGUACACCUUUCACACAUUAUUAUGUUGUAUACUGAAAGUACAUUCUGUAUAAAAUCUUAAUGGAACAACAGAACAACAGAACAUUUUAACAAUUUUGGUUGUGCUUCUGGCGAUCCUUUCCAACGUUAGUGCAUUUAUAGUAUUGAAGGCAAUAUUCACAUAGACAUGUUUAAUAAAACUUUGAGUAAGAAGUCCCCGAAUUACACCUUACUUUUGCUUCUCCCAUUACAAUCUAAAUGCUGGUCAGAAGACCGAUUAUUUUCCUACUCUCCCACUUUAUAAGUCCUUAGCUUUUUAUGUCCAUCCUCUUAAUAUAUGUUAGAAAAGGUGUCCAUAUUUCGUCAAAUAAAUGUUGCUUGGCCUUUAAGAUAUAGGUAAUCCGUUCCAGCGGCAUCACCUGUAACAUCUGUUUCAUCCAAUCCUUCACAGUGGGUCUAUGGAGCGAUUUCCAUGCCAUAGCUAUACACUUUUUUGCUACCAUUAAACUAAGAUCCAAAAAGACACGCUGACACUUGCUAUAAGCAUACUCAUUAGGGCAAAGUCCUAUUAGAAACAAUUUAGCAUCCAAUGGUACCUCCUUUUUGAUAAUUUUUUCAGUAGAAAUUCUUACAUCCUCCCAGAACUUUUUGAUUUCUGUACACUCCCAAACACAAUGAUACAACGUCCCUUUAUGAACAGCACAUUUAACACAUGUAUCUGGUAUAUUGCUAUUGUAUUUCUUCAGUCUCUCUGGGGUGACAUAUGUCCGCAUUAAAUAUUUAUGCUGAAUUAAUCUUAACCUGGCAUUAAUGAACUUGGUAUGAGCUCCUCCACAGGCCUUCUCCCAGUCCUCUUUACUCAGUUCUUGUCUGAGGUCGUCUUGCCAUGCUGCUCUUCUAUCGUUCGCUCCAUCUGAAUGAUGUUCCACGAUUAUCCGAUAACAGUCCGAGACUAUUCCUCUUCGUGUGAAGUCCUUUGUCAUCAUUUCUUCCAACAUGGUGAUGGAGGGUUUGGAGUCCCCAUUUUUUUGCUUAGACUUUAGAAAACUUCUGAGCUGGAGGUAUUUAAAAAAAUAUUUCCUUUCUAUUCCAUAUUUAGCCCUUAACUGCUCAAAGGACAUCAAAUGAUCAGAAUUUUGCAAAUAUAAGUCCUUAACUGAUUUAAUUCCCUGUAAAUACCAGCUUUUAAACACGGCAUCAGCUCUUCCUGGUGUAAAUUGCUGGUUACCCCAUAUGGGACUGAAACAAGACAAUUCUUGUUCUUCUGUAAGAUGCUUUUUCACUGAGAACCAAACUUUUAUCAUAUUUUUAACUAUCGGAUUCUUUAUAGGUUUUAAUAAUUUCUUUUGUGAGUCAGAGUACACAUACAAGAAGAAUGGCAACUUUAGAUCUUGUGAUUCUAAUUCCGCCCAGUGUGUGGGGUUUGUGGCUGAAAAGCAGUAUGUAAUAGUCCUUAACUGUGCGGCCCAGUAAUACCAUUUUAAGUUGGGGCACUUCAGCCCCCCUCUCUCAUAGGGUAGAUACAAUAAGGAGAGUCUAAGUCUUGCCCGCUUGUUCUUCCAGAUAAAUCUAAUGAAUUCUUUCUCCAGCCUGGGGAAUAGUUCCGUGGGGGGUGGCAGGGGGAUGUUCUGGAACAGGUAGAGCAGUUUUGGGAGUACAUUCAUUUUUAAAAUAUUUAUUCUUCCAAUCAAUGAUAGUGGUAGAUGGGCCCAUCUCUCCAUUUGUUCACUAAUUUCUUUUAGCACCGGUGCAUAGUUUGCUUCUGCUAUCCGUUCUAGCCGAGGCAUGAUUUGUAUUCCUAAGUAUUCUAUUUUGUCAGUUAUUUUAAAUUGAGUUAUUUCUAACAGGGGAUUUCUUCUCUCAUCAUCAUUAAGCAUCAGGAUUGAGGAUUUAUUUUUAUUAAUUUUAUAUCCCGAUAUGUCACCUAUUUUUUUAAUUACUUCUAAUAAUACUGGGAUCGAUUUUUUAAGAUUAGUGAGAAAUAGCAGUGUGUCAUCUGCAUAUAGUGCUAUUUUGUGUUCACUAUUCGCAACUGUAAUUCCUUUGAUUUGGGGAUUUGACCUGAUCGCUAUGGCCAGAGGCUCAAUUGCCAUAAUAAAAAGCAGCGGCGACAGGGGACAACCCUGUCUACACCCUCUUCCUAUUGAUAUUGGCUUUGAGACAUUCCUGUUUGACAAAACCUCAGCCUCCGCAUUUUUAUAUAGUAGUUUGACCCAUUUUAUGAAAUUUUCACCACAACCAAACUUUUCCAAGACUUUGAAAAGAAAAGGCCAUUCUACUUGGUCAAAUGCCUUUUCUGCAUCCAAGGACAAUAUCGCCGUGUCUGGUUUUUCUGUAUUAUAAUGAAUAAUAUUUAACACCCUCCUUACAUUAUGUAGCCCUUGUCUUCCUAAAAUAAAACCAUUUUGGUCCCUAUUAAUGAUAUUGGGUAGAAUUGUUUGCAGUCGUUUUGCAAGCAGUUUGCACAUAAUCUUUAGAUCUACAUUUAAUAGGCUUAUAGGUCUCAUAUUACCGCAUUCGUCAAACGAUUUUCCAGGUUUGGGAAGCAAUGUUAUUAGAGUUCUAUUCAUGAGUGGUGGUAAGUUAUUUUCCUGAAAGGCCUCUUUAAACAUUUCCAGAAGUGGUUUACUUAACUUAGAUUUAAAUUUUUUAUAUAUCUCAAUUGUGAUGCCAUCGGGUCCCGCUCUUUUCCCAGAUUUUAUACUAUCCAUGGCAGAUUCUAGUUCCGUAAUACUGAUCUCCAUUUCUAAUUCCUCUCUUUCUUCUCUCUGUAUUUUUGGUAUUUGUAAUUUAUCUAGAAACUCUGUAAUAUCCUGCAUCUUAACUGUUUUAGGGCUAUACAACUUCUCAUAAUAAUCUCUAAUUAUAUUAUUUAUUUCAGAUGGUUCUAUUAUAUUGUUACCUUGCGAACGCAGAUUUGUAAUUGGUAUUUUUGUUUCUAAUCUUUUUAUUUGCCAUGCUAGAAGCUUUCCAGGUUUUUCUCCUUGUUCGUAAAAGCUCUGUCGUAAUCUCUGUAGGCUCGCUGCUGCUCUUAAUGUUGACAAUUUCUCAUAUUCCGCCUUUAAAAUCAGCAAUUCUUUUUCGCUUGUUGGAUUGUAUCUUUCAUUUACUUUUUUUUGCAGAUUCUUUAGUCUAUUUUCCAUAUUUAAUUGUGUCUCCCUCUUUUUCUUUUGGUUCGUGCUAGUAUAACUUAUAAUAUGCCCCCUUAUAUAAGCUUUAAAUGCUUCCCAUCUAAUACCGGCUGAUGUUUGUGUUGUGUUAAUUUCAAAAAAUAUAUCGAUCUGGGUCCCUAAAUAUUUUAUAAAAUCCUCCUCUAGUAGCCACUUAUUCUGGAAAUGCCAUCUUGUUGGGUCUUUUGAGAGUCUAUCCUCUUUGUAUAUCAUGCAACAUGGCGCAUGAUCUGAUAUGGCUAUUACAUCAUAUUCACAGCUUUGAAUCUUGUGUUGCAGGGUAGAUGAUAUUAAAAUAUAGUCAAUUCGGGAGUAUGUUUUGAAGACUGAAGAGUAGCAGGAAUAUGUUUUAGUCUGUGGAUUUCUUUCUCUCCAUAUAUCAAUUAGAUUUAGCUCUUUCAUAUAAUAUUGUAAGAUACUCCUUGUUUUAAUAUGAGAUUGAUCUAUUCCCGUGGAUCUGUCCUGACUAGGAUUUAAAGUGCAGUUAAAAUCUCCUGCAAUUAUGAAUUGCCCUGUCAAGGUGGAAAGAUUCAUAAAUAAUUCCUCGAAAAAUUUGGGAUCAUCUGCAUUGGGUCCAUAUAAGUUUACUAACACCAACUCCUCUUCUAGCAGUCUACCUUGAAUAAUUAGAUACCUUCCCCUUUUAUCUCUGAUAAUCUUUUUAGCCUGAAUAGGAAUUGCAUUAUGAAUUAGUAUCAUUACCCCACUGGUCCGAGAUGAAAUUGAGGCCGACCAAACCAUGCCCCGCCACCUCCUUUUGAUUUUCAAAAUGUCUUCAUCUGGAAGAUGUGUUUCCUGUAAAAAAACAACUUUUGAGUUUUUAUCUUUAAUCUUAUUCAUUACCUGUUUUAUCUUUAUAGGUUGUUGUAAGCCUCUGCAAUUCCAGGACAUUAUAUCUAUGUUCAUUUUAUGUAAUAUUUGUUUGUUGUUUUGGAUUGCCGUUCUUUUGCCUGAAAAGCACAACCAACUGGAACAUUUGAACAAUCAGAACUUUCAUAACACUCUUUUUCUCCCUCGCUCGCUUAGGAGCAACUGUACCCAUCUCUGUCUCCCGCUACGCUGGGACCUGUCCUCAGUGAGGAAAAGUCCAACCACUUUCCAAAUACAGAACCUUAGUAAAA